GGUGGUGAUCGAGGGUGCAAAGCCAUGGAAGAGUUACGAAAACUUGGGAAAGUGCAGAGGAUGGUGGAAUUCAUGGAAUCACGGGGCGUUUCAAACUCGGAUAAUUACUCUAACCGCUUCCUCGCGAAUCUCAUCCUCUUUUUGAUUGAACCCUGCGGUGACCUUGCCAUGAACGACAAGUGCUGCUUACUUUCCCAGCUUAUGUCCACACUCUCAUCAGCAUUUCUCGAGGAUGCGUAUCAACACCACCUUGACACCACCAAACAAGAAAAUACAUGCUUUCAACAAAAUUUCGUUGGAAAUGCUUUGCUUAGUAGCCAUCAGACGAAAGAAUAUAGUUUGUUACGAAGUUAUAAUGAAGAUAUGGCCUUGGUUGCCCUGGAUUCCAUGCAAAAGGCAAAUUCUACCCUUGAGGAUUUUUGCAGAUCUUAUUUUAUGUUUCAUGAAUUGGAUGUAAGCAAGCCACAAUCAAUCUUCAAAUACUUACCUAUUCUUUCAUUUACAGAGAGUUAUAUUUAUCAGCUUGAUAAAAAGAAUGAAGAAUUGCUGCAAACCCCAAACAAUGGAAAGUCUGUAUUCGGAGGAAAGGAUGAGAAAGAAACUCAGGUAUUGGUUUCUUCCUUUUCAAAUGACCCAUUUAGACCACUUGUGACUAUCCUUGAACAUGAAGGCCUUUUGACAGAAAGGAUAAGAGAAGAACUUAGACAUGGAGAAGAGUACUGGGCUCUUGAAAGAAAGCUCUGUUUUGCAUUACUAAACAAAGAGGAGAUUCUUGUUGAAGAUGUGAUGAAGGCUAUUCAUUUAAAGUCUUUUGAUUAUCGAGUGCUGAAUCUUCUUCUCUAUCAACUGCAAGGAGCUAAGGUUGAUGAGUUACAUAUGGAGUUUCUUUCAAUUUCAGAGUUCCUAGUGGAAAUUUCUGAUGAUCUGUAUGACUAUGAAGAUGAUGUUUUAGAGAACAAUUUCAACAUUUUGCGUAUGUUUAUCAGAAUAUAUGGAGCUUCAACUGCCCCUGCUAUGCUGGCGAAGUGCAUUAGUGAGGCUGAAGACAAAUAUGAAAGUUUACUGGAAUCAUUGGAUCCGCAGCUGUCUCUGAGCUAUCAUAAAAGGUGUGCAGAAGCCACUAAAGAAGGUGGGAAGUUAUCAGGGAACCCUCUUGGCACGUGGAGUAUUCCAACCGUUAUUCAAGACGAGGAACUGUAUAGAUCAAAGUUGAAAUCAGAUACUCCGUGAAUAUAAACCUAAACUGUGUCACCAUGAGGUAAUUGUGCCAAUUCUAAUGUUUUCACCCAUGUGUCCUCGUCGUGCCGAUGAAAAGAAGAUCCUGCAUGACAU